CUGCCACCUGUGACGCAAACAAUGAAGAAAACUUUGCGGGCAGCCCCUGGGACUGACCCAAACACCACCCCCUCCCUCGCCUCGCCCCGCCCCGCGAGGAGAUCGCCUGGGGACAGGUGCAGCAGCUUAGAACUCCCUGCCCGCCACAUUAGAUGGGGGCCGCGGAGGUCGAGGGGGCGCCGUCCCCAUGGUAACCGAGAGCGCAAACAGACGCACGGGUCAGGGCCGCAGAGAUGGCAGAGGACAAGCCUGGCUCAGCUGUUACUGUUGAAAACCCUCUUGGACUGGAUUCAGUUCACUCUCUAACAUUGAUGAUAAAGUGACUUUGCCUGCUGCUGAAGGGGUUAAUCUGCUUAAAACUUCCCCAUCAUGUCAGCUGAAAAUAGCCAAUCACCUGGAGCGUCCCCUCCCACCACUUCCCAUCAUUCCACACAGAUUUUAUCUUCAGAGGAAGAGGAGGUUGAAGCAGUAGUAGAUGAAGAGAACUUGCAGGAUGCCUCUCCAUCUCCAGAAGAAGAAGAAGAAGAAGAGUCUUUCGAGGAGGAAGAGUAUCUGCAGGAGGAUGAAUACCUAUAUGAGGAAAAGUAUCUGAAAAGAAAGGACUACCUGUAUGGAAAAUACCUGCAAGAGGAAUUCAAGACGAUGUUUCCACCACAAACCACACAGAAUCUUGCUGCAAGGAGCUCUGCCACUGGCACCCCCAUGAUGGCCACGCACUCCCCUGUUCAACCUGCCUUCAAUUCUCCUCCUUCCACCUCUGAGAUUACCACCGAGUCUUACACUUACUCAUUUCCUUCCUCCUCCAUGAGAGACCAGGACAGUCAGACGGAAUGGACAUAUGAGAAAAAAUUGGUAACAUCUUUAAUAUCAAAAUUAAAAGCAGACAAAGAGACCUCAAUGCUAACUGCCCUGGAAUCUGAUACGGAAGAGUAUUCUGUCAGCGAAAUAGAUAAAGAGUAUGAAGAUGGCAUGGAGCCUAUUUCUGACAGGAAUCUGAGGGAUGCUCUAUUAGAGGAAGCUGGCAAGCAGGAAACUGAAGACUUCGAUGUCAGUAUGCUUAACAGCUCCUACCAGACAGUGUUUAGGAUGAUAAUCAGGGAGAUGACGGCUCUCAGCGAACUCGAUGAGGAUUUUGACAUUCCCCUGACCAGGCUGCUGGAAAGCCGAAACAAAAAGAAGCUGAGAAUGCUACUGAAGAAAAAUUUUGAAAAAUACAAGGAAGCAAUUCUAUGGAUUCUGAGGAGAAGGGAAGCAAGUCAGAGGGCAGCAGAAACGUCCACUUUCACAUUUUCCCUGUCGGCUCCAAAAGCACUUGAGCAGCCUAAGGAAGAAGUCACAGCACAACCUGUUGUUCCCGUUCGUCGUAAGAAACUAGAAGUUGACCCAGAAUGGAUAAAGCAGAAGACACAGGUGCAUCGAGCUGAUGGAAAAAUAGUUCCUUACCCCAACAAGAAAGUCUUCCAAAUUCUCUUUCCUGAUGGAACAGGCCAGAUACACUAUCCAUCAGGAAACCUGGCGCUGCUCAUCUUGUGCACACAAGUCAAUAAGUUCACAUACAUUGUUCUGGAAGACCGCACAGAAACGUGGCUCCGGGCUCUUAUCAACAACUCCGGCAGCGCCACCUUCUAUGAUGAUAACAGAGAUAUCUGGUUGAACCUGAGCAGCAACCUGGGCUACUACUUCCCCAAAGGCAAGCACACAAAGGCUUGGAACUGGUGGAACCUGGGCAUCCACGUGCACACACCCCCCGUCCAGCCCAUAACCCUGAAAAUCAACCAGUACAUCAAGGUACACAUUAGGAGCCAGGAUAAGAUCAUCUUGCACUUCAUCCACGAACAGAAGCGGAUUUGUUUAAACCUGGGCACCAGGUAUAAGCCCACCACCCCAGAGGUGCUGUGUGAAAUGGGGGAGACAGCCAUCCUGCAGGUGGAACCCGGCCCGAUAGUGCGGAAGAUCCAGACCCUCCUGAGAAGGAUGAGCAGGGCCCUGAACUCCCUGCCCAUCCGUGACUUGGAGAAGUUCGCAGAGGCCGCCAGGCUGUUGUUAGAGAAGCAUGCCAGAAGACGAGAUUGUUAUUUCUGAUGUCACAGCCAUCACCAAACUGUCCCAGGAUGGCUCCAGAAGCCCCUGCAGUAUCUUGGGACCGGGUCGGGGGUGCGGGGGUGUCCUCAGGUCCCCAAGACCUGUCUGUGUCCUCUCAGAGUGGGUUUGUCAUCUGAGACCUGUCACAGCUCCUUAAUUUGAAAAAAAAUACAAAUGUAAGUUUUUGGAGGGGCACUUAAUGGAGAAAUCAUUUGAUGGCUGGGCACGGGAAAGACUGAACGUUCAGCCCGGAGCGGACGGCACCGGAAGCCCAUUGUCAGGGCAACAGGCAGUGCGCCAACACCCGCCCUGCCUGCCCCUACCAGGCGCUUGCCCUGUAGAAGUUCUUUCCCGGCUUUGGAUUCUUGCCUUGACUCAGGACACAGACUGUGCUCAAACCUACCUCUGCCCUUUGCUGGCUGUGUGCUCUGCAAGGAGCUUUGUGCCUCAGUGUCUGCAUCCAUACAAUGGGCCUAGAAACCACGCAGGAAAUGUCAUUCCAAUUAUUGUUAGCUUGGCCCUCCUGUUGACACCUGGGUAGCUCCCAGUGUUUCUCACGCAUGCAUCCCUUCAGGAAGGCGGAGGGUGUUCGUCAGCUUUUGGUUGCCACAACUACCUAAGACACGCGGGGUCCAGUGUGUAAGCAGCAUGGUGCAGGCUUGGCCCCAGCAAAGGACCCAUGAUGGGUGGCUGACCACAUGAGGAGGAAGGCUCAGGUGCCAAGCCAGAAAGCAGGGAGUGGGGGCAGGCUCAAAGCCAGGUUUAUGUAUAGCAACCCUCUCUUGAGACCUCCUGCAGGUAAACCUCCAUGACCUAGGGACCUCCCACUGAGCCCCACUGCCCCGUGGUUCCACCAUCUCCCUGUAGCGCCACCCUGGGGCUGGAACGGGCAGCCAAGCCACGGCACUGAGGGGCUGCCUUUCCCUCGGCUGCAGAGGCAUGGCCCCGCCCAGUUCCCUCAGGCCGGCCGGAGCUAAGCACUGUGCAAGCUGUACCUCAUGUGGCUCUGUGGCCGGGAGAGUGGUUUCUCAGCAGGGGACUCCAAGCCACAAAGUGACCCCCCAGGACCACACACCUGGUAGUUGAGACUGGCACACCCACCUAUCCAUCGACAAAGCGACAUCACUCUGCUGACGCCCCCACCCCCAGUGCCACCGCUCUUACUCUACCUGGUUUCACGGCCAAGGCUGAGAGUGGAGAAUA